AUGUUGGCUCUGGCGGUUCUCGGCCUGGUCGGCUUCGUUUCGUUGUCUCAUGCUGCUGAUACAGUAACGGUCACGAAACAGGUGUACUUCGAUAUCACCAUUGGAGGCAAGCCGGCUGGUCGUAUUGUCAUCGGACUGUUCGGAAAUGUAGUGCCAAAAACCGCCGAAAACUUCCUUCAACUUGCCACUGGAGCCAAGGGAUUCGGUUACAAGGGCAGCAAAUUCCACCGUGUCAUCAAGGACUUCAUGAUUCAAGGAGGAGACUUCACUCGUGGUGAUGGUACCGGAGGCAAGUCGAUCUACGGUGAUCGUUUCAAGGAUGAGAACUUCGACCUGCAACACUAUGGUGCUGGAUGGCUCUCGAUGGCAAACGCUGGCCCAGACACCAAUGGAUCUCAGUUCUUCAUCUGCACUGUCAAGACCCCUUGGUUGGACGGACGUCACGUCGUCUUCGGAAAGGUCCUCGAAGGCAUGAGCGUUGUUCGCAAAAUUGAAAACUCCCAGACAAACCCUGGAGAUCGUCCAAAGGAGGAUGUAGUCAUCGCGGACUCAGGUGAACUAUCACUUGCUGCUCCCUUCGAAACCGAGAAAGCCCCAGUCAGUGAAUAG